AUGCUCCAACCACCACAAAGUGGUUUAGACCCUGAUCCUAAUGAUCCAUUUUAUUUGGAAGAAGAAGCAUUUCAUGAUUCUGUUCGUGUUCAAAUUAUUUGUUUAUUAGUGUAUAUAUUGUUUUAUCUAUGUAGUUAUUCUGUGAUUCGAUACUACAGAACAAGAUCUGAUUUCGAUGAACUAUAUUCUGGUGAUGAAGAUUAUUUUGUUUAUCGUAUAGCUGUCUGGAUAUGUACAAAUUCACUAGCAACUGCAAUAUCUGCCAUAUUUCUUUUACCUUUUUCUAUAUUAGGAACUGAAAUACGACAAGUUUAUAAGGAUAAUUUUUAUAUAGCAUGGUUGAACUGGGACUUGAUAUAUACAAUGUGGAAUUACGUGUUUACUUUUUCAAAUAUUUCACUUUUUAUUUUACUGCCAUUUGCCUAUUUUUUUAUAGAAUCCCAAGGAUUUCAUGGAGCAAGAAAAAGGUUAAAAUCAAGGGUCAUUGAAGCAGCUUGUGUAUCUUUUUUCCUAAUAAUAAUUAUCACAUGUUUAGUAGAUUUAUGUUAUACAAUGUUUUUUGCAUCAACGUAUUCUUCUAAUGAUGGGAUUAAUAAUUCAACAACAAUACAAGGAUGGAGAAGAAUAACACAAUUGCAUUUAACGGUACUUAAUUUUACAUCUGUUAAUAUUCCGAUGAUUUAUUCGUUUUGCUCAUUAAUUGGUUUAACAUUGUUUUUGAUUUCAACACCAUUUGGAUUUUCUAGAAUAUUUGAUUGGUCAUAUAAUUUAUUGAUAAAACAACAGUCAAUAAAUUAUUCUUUUAGCACAAUUAAUGACUCCAAUGAAAAUAGUAUUGAUAGGAAUAGAAGUUCUCAUGAAUUUUAUAAAAAAUUAGAAAAAACAAAGACUCUUUCGUUACGAAGAAGAAUUAGUGGAAAUGUAGAAAUUAUUACAAAUGAUAGUAAUGAUAAUAUUGAAAUAUUUGAAGAUACUCAUAAAUAUUGUUUUUUUAAAAAAUUAAAUCCAAGUAGAAAUGGUCAUGUUGGUGCUUUAAGAAUAGGUCAACUAUUAAAUAUUUGUAAGAUAACAUUUAAUCUGGUAAAAUAUCCUCUUUUGAUGAUUGCAAUACUUUUAUUGACUACAAUUUUCGUUUUAAUGAUAACUAUUAAUACAUUAACAAUAUUAUUUGGAUUUCGUUCUUUACCACAUUAUGUGCAAAUAGUUGAAGUCAAUUCAAGACAUGUAAAUGGAAUAGUAUGGUCAACAAUAGAAAUAGCUGUUAUAACGUAUAUGUUUGCAUUAUCUUUAGCGGGAGUAUAUUCACUUCCUUUUCUUAGAAGAAUGAAACCCAAAAAGUCUAUGACAUCAAUGACAUCUGUAAUAGGAAAUUCUACACUUAUUCUUUGUUUAUCAUCAGCUCUCCCGGUAACAUCAAAAAUACUUGGAAUAACAACAUUUGAUUUAUUAGGAAAAUAUGGAACAUUAACUUGGCUUUCAAAUUUUUCUUUUAUAUGGUUUUAUAAUGUAGUAUUUGUUUCUAUUACAAUAUCUUGUCUUCUUAACAAACUAACUUUACAAGUAAGAAAUGAAAUAGUUACAAGAUUUCAAUAUUUUCUAAAUCGUAAAAAAUUUGUAACAAGAAUGGAAUACAAAGAUAAGUAG